CUUCAAACAAGAUGGCGUCAACAUUUAUUUUGAUGUGAGACUUGUGUCCUUAUCCAACAAAACAACCUUUACAACGUGAUAACAGAAGUACAGUAGUAAAUGCAAGUGUCAUUAGUUGCCUGUUAAUCUAACAUUAUACUAGUCCGACACUGAUCAUAUAGUUUGGAGCUUCAGCAUGAAAUCCGACGUGGAGGAACUGAUGCCCAGGCUUCUGCCUGUGGAAACAUGCGACACUGGCGAAGACUUCAAACUAAACGAGCCUCCAAGAAAUCCCCAGGAGUAUUUGAGACAGGUUCAGUAAGUCUCUCAUAGCUCUAUGUCUUUUCAUAGUUUUCACGCAUGUGCACAGGAAACACGCAUUCAUGUAAGUAAAAAAUACACUGCCUUUCUCUUUUUUCAGAUUAGAGGCGUCUCUCUGUCCAGAUGUUGUGGUGGCGAAGAUUGAUCCAAAGAAAUUGAGAAAGAAACAGUCAGUGAACGUGUCGGUAAGUUUCACCAUAGACGCCACUGCCACAAAUAACAUGUAGACAGAGACUGGCUCUAUGUAAGUAUCAUUUCCUGUCAACUCUUCUAUUUGGUAGCUCACAGGUUGCCAAGCUGCUCCACAAGGAUUUUCACCGAGUUUAAAAUGGCAGCGACAGCAAGUCAGCAACUUCUCAGAAAUAAGACAGGUAACUAUAGAUUGUAUUAUCCCCUAUACGUUUCAAGUUAUUUGUCAUGUUGGGUUGAAGUGAGUUAUUCUGAUCAUGUUUUACUACUUGCAGAGUAUCAGUAAACACAGACAACACUGGAGUGGUCAUGCUUUGGAUGACAAUGUGUUAAUGGUAAGUGUCAAGUUGAGUCAAUUCAAAUCUGGUAUAGGAACAAAAAGGGGUCAAUACACGUCUUCUAAGAUAUACUAGUAUUUUAAUUAAUGCAAGCACUUGAAUGGUAAAUAUGAUGUUCGUAUAUACGGGCCCACUGAAACACCACGCAGGGCAGACAGAGAACUAACUUUUUCAACCCAAGGUUCUUCUUUAAUACUCUGACAGAGAUAGUUCCUGCUCCAGGCUGGGCCUGUCAGAGUAGAGGCUGGGUGUGGUUUAAACUUACCCAACCUAUCGAUGGCGCACAGGCUGGUCCCAGCCCCUUGGCGCUUCACUGUUGCCAGGUGUUAGUUGUUUCUGCAACUUGUCUAGAAAGUCAGCACUUCUUCAUUGUAGCAGUACACAUGUCCUUGAGCAGUUUAACAAAGAGGCAGUGUGUGUGUGUGUGUGUAUCUCAGUCUAUCUCAGCCUCCCCCCUAACGGUUCCUCACAUUAAUCACAGCUUGUUAUGUUAAACAAUCUAUAUCAGUACAGCACAAACCUAUUAUGUUUAAUCAUUCAUGUAUUAUUUCUAAGCUAGGCAUCACAUCUAGUUGUAAGAGAAUAGAUCCCCACAUAAGUAUGAGAUUUUUUGUUGUUGGUAAAAGUGAAUUGUAAAAUACAACAUACCCUCUCUAACUGUGUUUUGUCUAUCUCCAGCCAAAACAGGACUCGGAGGAACAAUGGAAAAAGUUCUGCCUGGGUGAAAAUGUUUAUCUGAACUCCCCUCCAAUUGACCCUGGUGCUGAAGAUCGAGGCCUUGAUUAUGUGAAGGUAACCUUAUAGACCAGGGUUUCUUAAACUAUGGGUCCGGACCCUAAGCGGGCCCUGGGCAUGUGAGCAGUGGGUCGCGAGUUAUGAGAAUACAUCUAUAGUUAAUUUGGGUCAUUGGAGGACAAUCUGGGUGACGGGAUGAUGGUACAUUUCUCAUUUGGGUCACGAGCUGAAAUAGUUUAAAGAGUAACUUUAAUGAAAAAACAUUUAUUUAAUCGAAAAUCAGAUGUUUCAGGGUUAGUUAUAGUGAAUUGUCAUUUAUUGUCUUCAUUUUGACAGUUUGUUGCAAAAGUGAUAUAUUUUGAUAUUUUAGUAGUAAAUCUAGCUCUUUCCCCCUAGCGGUUCAACUCUACCAUUGAAAUCUUGAUGUAGAGGCACCUUGACAAGGUGCCUCUACGUCAUCUCAAGGGAGGGGUUCGGUAUGAAAUACAAUCCCUUCUAGAUGUGCUGGGUGGUACCACCUCAAGGCUUACUAUAAAAGUAGGUGACAGCUCACCUUAUUUGGCAAUGGUCUUGCUAAGUGGACUGUGCCAAUAUAUUUUGAAUGCUACUUCCUUGACUAAACCACUGACCUUACACAAAAUUCAAAAUGCAGUAAGGCACAUUUCCGCACAUGACCAAAUUCAACGUUUUUGCUUAUCGUUUCAUACACAUCUGUGCUUUUACUAAGAAAAAAAAAACAUUUAGGCUAUGAGGAUUAUACAGUUGAAGUCGGAAGUUUACAUACACUUAGGUUGGAGUCAUUAAAACUAGUUUUUCAACCACUCCACAAAUUUCUUGUUAACAAACUAUUGUUUUGGCAAGUCGGUUAGGACAUCUACUUUGUGCAUGAUACAAAUAAUUUUUCCAACAAUUGAUUACAGACAGAUUAUUUCACUUAUAAUUCACUGUUUCACAAUUCCAGUGGGUCAGAAGUUUACAUGCACUAAGUUGACUGUGCCUUUAAACAGCUUGGAAAAUUCCAGAAAAUGAUGUCAUGGCUUUAGAAGCUUCUGAUAGGCUAAUUGACAUCAUUUGAGUCAAUUGGAGGUGUACUUGUGGAUGUAUUUCAAGGCCUACCUUCAAACUCAAUGCCUCUUUGCUUGACAUCAUGGGAAAAUCUAAAGAAAUCAGCCAAGACCUCAGAAAAGACAUUGUAGACCUCCACAAGUCUGGUUCAUCCUUGGGAGCAAUUUCCAAACGCCUGAAGGUACCACGUUCAUCUGUACAAACAAUAGUACGCAAGUAUAAACACCAUGGGACCACGCAGCCGUCAUACCGCUCAGGAAGGAGACGCGUUCUGUCUCCUAGAGAUGAACGUACUUUGGUGCGAAAAGUGCAAAUCAAUCCCAGAACAACAGAAAAGGACCUUGUGAAGAUGCUGGAGGAAACAGGUACAAAUGUAUCUAUAUCCACACUAAAACGAGUCCUAUAUCGACAUAACCUGAAAGGCCGCUCAGCAAGGAAGAAGCCACUGCUCCAAAACCGCCAUAAAAAAGCCAGACUACAGUUUGCAACUGCACAUGGGGACAAAGAUCGUACUUUUUGGAGAAAUGUCCUCUGGUCUGAUGAAACAAAAAUAUAACUGUUUGGCCAUAAUGAACAUCGUUAAGUCUGGAGGAAAAGGGGGGAGCUUGCAAGCCGGAGAACACCAUCACAACCGUGAAGCACAGGGGUGGCAGCAUCAUGCUGUGUGGGUGCUUUGCUGCAGGAGGGACUGGUGCACCUCACAAAAUAGAUGGCAUCAUGAGGAAGGAAAAUUAUGUGGAUAUAUUGAAGCAACAUCUCAAGACAUCAGUCAGGAAGUUAAAGCUUGGUCGCAAAUGGCUCUUCCAAAUGGACAAUGACCCCAAGCAUACUUCCAAAGUUGUGGCAAAAUGGCUUAAGGACAACAAAGUCAAGGUAUUGGAGUGGCCAUCCAUAAAGCCCUGACCUCAAUCCUAUAGAAAAUGUGUGGGCAGAACUGAAAAAGCGUGUGCGAGCAAGGAGGCCUACAAACCUGACUCAGUUACACCAGCUCUGUCAGGAGGAAUGGGCCAAAAUUCACCCAACUUAUUGUGGAAGGCUAUCUGAAACAUUUGACUCAAGUUAAACAAUUUUAAAGGCAAUGUUACCAAAUACUAAUUGAGUGUAUGUAAACUUCUGACCCACUGGGAAUGUGAUGAAAGAAAUAAAAGCUGAAAUAAAUCAUUCUCUCAACUAUUAUUCUGACAUUUCACAUUCUUAAAAUAAAGUGGUGAUCCUAACUGACCUAAGACAGGGAAUUUUUACUAUGAUUAAAUGUCAGAAAUUGUGAAAAACUGAGUUUAAAUGUAUUUGGCUAAGGUGUAUGUAAACUUCCGACUUCAACUGUACAUUUUAUAUUUGUGACUACAUCCAUGGUAACAAGAAAUAGAUGACCGUGGUGGUCAUGUCAAAGUAUUAGUUUUUUUCUACAAUGGUGAUGACUGAUUGGUGGUGCAGUCUGCUAUGACACAGUUGGCUCUUAGUUCAAUAGUUGUGAGUUCUAAUCCCACAUGGGGCAGAUAUCUUUUCUUUUUUUUCUUCGUAUGCUUUAUUUACAAUAUUCAUUCCUUUCCCACACACACACACACACUUCUAAUUCAGAAACGUGAAAGCAUACCUGUGAGAGGGGUCGCCCUGGUAGUAGUUGUAGGUUUUUAUACAGUACCCAAGACCAAUCUGGGAGUUCAUUUUACUGUUGGAAAAAUAUCUACUGCAAUGCUGGUUGGAUUGAAUCGAGACCCACAUUUUCAUUUUUCAGGUGAUGAUUGCACUUUUCUUCCCAACACAAUACCGCAAUAAAUGUGAGUUCACAUUUCAACAAAAACAAUUGCCACCCCUUGGGGGAUUUUAACUUACACCACAAGUGGCAAUAGAUGUCUGGAAUUUAGUGCCUUAACGCUGUAAACUAACUGUCCAGAGCCAUUCAUUAUAUUCUGCAUGCACAUAAUGUAAUUAUUAUGCUUUAGUGAGAAAGUGUUGCGCUCAGGUACAACUGUUUACCCACUCCAAAAAUGAAUUUAUACAAGCAAUUCCCCCCCACCCACAACUUCUCACUUGAAUGCAUUUUUUUUUUUGAAGGGGUUGGGCAAAGGCUGAAAUUGGGGUUGAGAGUUAACCUUUAAGAACCCCUGUUAUAGAGGAAAUAUCUGACCAUAGAGAAUAUACAUCAUGUAAGAUUUUUGUAUAAAGAUUUUGCCAUUAACAUGUGUCUGAUGUUUACCCACUUGUUUCACCAGGUUGGUUUUCCACCUUUCCUUAGCAUAGUGAGCAGAUUAAAUCAGGUGAGUGUUUGCAAAACAUUGGCAUGACACUCACUGCACUCAUCUCUCAUCAAUUGAUGCUUUUUUUCAUGACCUCAACAACGGUACUCUUGUUUGACACACUUUUUUUCUAUAAUCAUAGCCAAAACUCAAUUAUAUCUUCCCUACUAGGCCACAGUCUCUGCAGUUUUGGAGUACUUGAUAAACUGGUUUGAAGAGAGAGAGUUUGUCCCACAGUUGGUAAGUUCAGUUUCUUAAACAUCAUCAACACAGUUUGACAUUUUUUAUGCUUUCCAGGGUUGGGGUCAAUUUCAUUUAUAUUCCAGUCAAUUCAGAAAGUAAACCCAAUUCCACAUUUUCCUAAUUAAAAAGCAUUGAAGAGAAUUUGGAAUUGAAAUUUGAAUUUCAGUUUAAUUCCUAAAUUGACUGGAAUUUAAAUGGAAUUGACCCCAACCCGAUGCUUUCAUGGCUAAUAUGUGUUCAACAUCUCUAGGGAAGAUGGCUGUAUGCACUGCUGGCUUGCCUUGAGAAACCUCUUCUCCCUGAAGCACAUUCCCUAAUAAGACAGCUGGCCAGACGGAGUUCUGAAGUGCGGGCCAAUCUGGUAGGGUGAUAUAGUGGCUGGUAUUAAUGGAUGUUGAGAUGAGGUUGCAAACCAACUUCCUUAUGGGUAAAAUAAAAAAUUUAAAAUAUAUUAGAUUCUGAAACAUUUGAUAAUGAUGAACAGGGUAUGAUAUUCAUUCUUUGUUUUUUUCUUUCUUUCCCAUUACAGGAAAGCCAGGAAGAUGAAAGGUUGUCUCCUCUAAACUUGAUGAUCUGCCUUGUUGCUAGGUAAGCUUUGUUAUUUGACUUCACAAACACUCACAGCCAGGAAACAUUGUCGUUUGAUUCUUAAUAAAACAUAUAUAUAUAUUUUUUUACAUAGGUACUUUGAUCAGAACGACUUGGCCGAUAAGGAGGACUAAACGGGAUAAUGUGAAACUGAAACUGGUCACAGCAUGAACUGUAGCUCUAUGAACCCAUCACCAUGCUCAGAUUUGGGAUCCACGGAAAGUUGCUCUGUGGCAAUUUGAAGCCUUUUCAUACUAAGCAACCAUUGAGUCUUGUGAAGAAAAUGUGCCCAAUAAAUGGUGAAAUUUUCUUUUUUUUUCUAUUAUAGGUUGUUUUCAACUUCUGCUAUUGCUGGAAUUAAAUAAAAUGUUUGCUUUCACAA